CCUCUGCUCAGAUUCAUUUGAAUUGAUGAGGAAGGAAAAAGAAAUGGCUAAUCAAGAAAAGCAAAAGAUAAUCUGUGAUGAGCAUAAAGAAACUUUGAACCUAGAUAUUGCUAUAAUCGUGGAGGAUUCUGGAGUUGAUAAGAAGGUUGAAAACAAGUACAGUAAAUCCAGGGGAGCUAAGCCGUAUGAUGUUAAAGAAGGUCACCCUGAGAAUCCUGUAUUCUGUUCCUCUGACUUAGUUCAUCAGUUUCGUGAAGGAGAGAAGAAGACUGCUGCUGAUCUAAAGCUCAAUGACCAUGACUCUACAAAAUUUUCUUUUGGAACAAAUGGAAUUGCUCACAAUCUUAUGAAAUCUGCCUCCACUCCUGUUUCAAAGGAAAGCUCUAUGCAAUUAUAUGGUUGUUGUAAUCCAGGAGCUCAUUCUAGUCAAUGCUUGGAAGAAUCCAUUCUGUCAGAGAUCAGUGGACAUAAUUUAACCCAGCAUCACUCGAUCAAUGGAAGGAGCAGUUAUGAUAUAGAGGACUCACAAUCAAGUUGCUCCAAUUAUGAUGAAGCACAUCAGCACUUUCUUUCAUUGUUACAAAAGGGAGCAGGCUUGACUGAUUUGGCAGAAUCCUCAAAGCUAAGCAUGUGGUCCUUAUAUAAACCCAAUGUUUCUGAAACUGGAAAUGACAACAACCAGCUAAACAAAUCAGGCAGAGUAUUUAUAAACAAUUUUGAGAAGAAUCUUUGUGAACAUAUCUCUGGAACAUUUGUAAAGGAUUCACAAUCAACUGCAUUAUCAGGCACCCAAAAAGACUUGACAAGCAGGUACAAAGGGGAUGAUGCAGUUGAGUCUCAGGUCCCACUUCCAGUUGGGGAAAAUUGUAUCAUUCCUUUGACUGUCAAUGGGACUGAACCCAUUGGAGAUGCUGAAGGUAUCAUGCUCUCGGGCUUUGUUAAGCAAACUGGUGUAAAUAAAAGAAAUGGUAAUCUUUGGUUCUCCAAUAUUCAGGCUAAAGUAGGACUUAAUCUUCAGGGAGGGCCAGAGUUGAAGCACAGUUCUCUCAGUAGUUUUGAUAAACUUGACAUUUGUCUGCCUGAUGAGGACAGCCUGAUAACUGCUGAUGACUACGUAUUGCAGCAAGACUCCAUGUUUAUGGCUGCUGGGGAUACCUCAAGUACACCGGUUAAUACUUUUGGGAGGCUAGCAGAUUGUGGUGUUGCUGUUGGUGAGAAAAGAUUUGAUCUAGCAGGUUUUCUAAGGCCUACGUCCUUUGGUGGUUCUCAUGGUCUAGUGAGCUUGGAGACUUCUUUUGAGAGUCUGCGCACACAGCAAUCUUACCCACAGCUCCAGCAUUCUCAGCUGAAGCAACCAAAGGAACAAGGGAGUUGUUCCAAGUCUCAAGAAAGUCUAAAGGGUUUAAGAAUCAAGCCUAAAAAUUUAAAAGCCUGUCCGUGUAAUCUAGAACCUCUUCAGUAUUUUCCUACAAACGUGCAUCUCACUUCCUCCCUGCAUCUCCGAGCUGCUGAAACAGGGUUUGAUCAUUCUGGUAACAAUCAGUUGCCACAGGAGUUACCCAUUCCAGGCUAUUUCCCUCCCCACCAAUUGUAUGGACUGCCAAGAGUUGCAUUUCCUCAACACACUUCCGAUGAAAUGGUUUGUUUUGCACAGGACCAAAAUGCCAUGCUUAAUUCUUCCUUGAGUUUUAAGCGACAAUGCUACAGGGACCUUGAAAAUGCCAGUUCCAGGCAUUUUGAGAUGGGAAUUGAGAGCAAAGCUGAUGCAUCCUCCUACCAUGCUUGGCCAUGAGCAGGAAGUGUUUGCCAAACAGGUUGAAACAGGCUAUAGACAUAUCGGCG